CGAGAGCCAGAGAGAGUUUGUGUUUCUAUCUAUGAUUUCAAAACCUCCACGCAAAGUCAACGCCUCUCUCUCUAGCCUCUAUUUCUCUUCACCCUCUUCUUCCUCUUUGCGUCUCUCUCUCUCUCUCUCUCUCUCACACACACACACACACAGUUUGUGGAAAUGAAAUUUCAGGUGUUGAGUACAGAGCACUGAGAUUGUUAAUUGUUUGGCUGUAAAUUGGGGUCUUUUUUCAAUAUGGGUAACGGCUUGGGAAAGAUCGGCGUGUGCUUCACCGGCGGCGAGGACCUUCGCCGGAGGAAGGACACGGCCUUCGUGAUUUCGGACCCAAUCGACGAUCUGGGCCACUCCUUCUGCUACGUCCGGCCCGACCCGUCUCGGCUCUCCUCCUCCAAGGUCCACUCCGAGGAGACGACGACGUUCCGGUCGAUCUCCGGCGCCUCUGUCAGCGCCAACACCUCGACGCCUCUCUCCACAGCUCUCGUCGAUUCCUACAGCUACAACAGCUUCGAUCGAGCCUCGGCUUUCGAGAGCUCCACCUCCUUCGCUUCCAUUCCCCUCCAACCCGUCCCCCGGAAUUCGAUGAGCUCCGGUCCCUUGCCCAAGGUUUCGGGUGGAAUACCCGUGUCCGGCCCGAUGGAGAGAGGGUUCAUGUCCGGCCCGAUCGAGCGGGGCUUCAUGUCGGGCCCCCUCGAUCGGGGCAUCUUCUCGGGUCCUCUCGAAAAGGGCGGCUCCGAUCAGUUCAGGCGAAGCUUCUCUCAUGGAGGUUUUGCCUUACGACCCAGAUUGAGAAAAGGGUCGUUGAUCCGGGUCCUACAGAGAGCCAUAUCCAAGACGAUUUCCCGUGGCCAAAACUCUAUUGUUGCGCCGAUUAAAAGCGUGGUUUCCGUCAAAGAGCAGAAUUGGAUCGUCGGGUCUGAGAAACAAAACCAGCUCACAAUCAGCAGCGUGAAUCUGAGCAGCGACGGGAGCUUAGACGACGACGAUUCACUCGAGAGCCAGAAUCUUCAAUGGGCGCAAGGCAAGGCCGGCGAGGAUCGAGUUCACGUCGUGGUCUCGGAGGAACACGGAUGGGUUUUCGUCGGAAUUUAUGACGGAUUUAGCGGCCCCGACGCUCCUGAUUAUCUUCUCUCCAAUCUCUACCCCGCCGUUCAUAAGGAGCUCAAGGGCUUGCUUUGGGAUGAUAAAACCGAACCCUCAAAUUCUAGUUCCUCUGUUCGCUCUGAAAGCUCCAAUUCGGAUAUGGAAGCGACUACUAGAGAUUCCUGCUCUCCCUGCUUUGAGCAAGAGAGUUUUCCAUGCGGAAGCUGCGAAUCGAACUUCAGGAAAAAGCGAUGCAGCAAUUCGAAGAGUAGGUAUAAAGGGGCGGCGAAGAAAUGGGAGGAGAAUCAGAGGCGAUGGAGGUGCGAGUGGGACCGGGAGAGGCUCGAGCUCGACCGGCGGUUAAAAGAACAGUUAAAUCGAAACAGUUCGGAUGCUUCUGUGGCGAUCAAUCACUCCGAUGUGUUGAAGGCUUUGUCCGAGGCUCUGAGGAAAACAGAGGAGGCCUAUUUGGACAUUGCAGAUAAGAUGCUCGUCGAAAAUCCUGAGUUGGCCUUGAUGGGUUCUUGCGUGCUUGUGAUGCUAAUGAAGGGUGAGGAUGUUUAUGUUAUGAAUGUAGGCGAUAGCCGGGUGGUUUUGGCUCAUAAACCGGAGCCCGAUCUGUGGCGGCAGGACUUAGAGAGGAUCAAUGAAGAAACAUUGUACGAUCUUGAGGUUUGUGAUGGUGAUGGUGAUGGAUCCAACACAAUGCCCAGUUUAGCCGCCUUUCAGCUCACCAAGGAUCACAGCACCUCUGUGGAGGAGGAAGUUCAAAGAAUAAAAAAUGAACAUCCAGAUGAUCCCGGCGCAGUGACCAAUGAUCGAGUGAAAGGUUCGUUGAAGGUCACUCGAGCUUUUGGCGCUGGUUUUCUGAAGCAGCCCAAAUGGAACAACGCACUUCUGGAGAUGUUUAGAAUCGACUAUGUAGGAACGUCGCCAUAUAUCAACUGCCUACCGUCUGUCUAUCAUCACAGUUUAGGUCCAAGAGACAGGUUUUUGAUAUUAUCAUCUGAUGGGCUUUAUCAAUACUUCACAAAUGAAGAAGCUGUAUCCGAAGUCGAGCUUUUCAUUGCAUGGUGGCCUGAAGGGGAUCCAGCACAGCACCUGGUUGAGGAAGUGCUCUUCCGAGCAGCAAAGAAAGCUGGAAUGGACUUCCAUGAGCUGCUUGAAAUACCGCAAGGGGAUAGGCGGCGGUACCACGAUGACGUUUCAAUAAUUGUUAUUUCUUUGGAAGGAAGGAUAUGGAGAUCAUGUGUAUAAGUAGUGGGAAAUCACACGUAAAAAGAUACAGAGAGGUGUGCAGAAUCGGCGGGGCACCCAUUUUUGAGGCUUUUACCUUCACCACUUUUGAUAUAUUAUAAGCUCUGCGAAAGCAUCUGAAGCAAACACCACCAGCUGGGUGGUGGGUUGGUUGGGGCUUUGUAAAGGCGUAAAAUCUGCUUCUUAAUGUUGAUUAUUAUAAACUGUCAUACAAAAAUUGUAAUUUCUCUAAUAAAUGACAUUCCUGGGAAAGAAAGUUUUGCUCACAAGCACAAAUUCCUUUUUCUCUGAAAAUAUCUGGAGCGGUCCAUGGCCCACGCCGACGAUCCAGACGAAGAACAUCUUUAUUUUCUUGUUCAAGUGUUACGUCAUCUACACACUUGGUGAAACUACGUGGCAGAACCAUAGCCCAGGAAUGAACUCCCCUCCCCUGCGUCAUCAGUUCCGCUUGAGUAACCCCGAUCAUCAAUUCUGUUCCCAACUCCUAACCAAUUCGGAAAUGGGCAGUAAAUGCAGUGCAGGUGGAAGGUGAAGGCAUUGGUAUCACGCUUGCUUGUAAUAAAAACCUGUAAUUUUUUUGUUUUCAGAUCAGAUUUGGACCAACAGUUUCCAUUACAUUA